AUGGCCAAAGCAAUUGGAAUCGAUCUAGGAACUACGUAUUCGUGUGUGGGUAUUUUUCAACAUGGAAAAGUAGAAAUUAUAGCUAAUGAUCAGGGCAAUCGAACAACCCCGAGUUAUGUUGCAUUCACGGAUAGUGAACGAUUAAUUGGUGAUGCAGCCAAAAAUCAAGUAGCAAUGAAUCCAAACAAUACUAUUUUUGAUGCCAAACGGUUGAUUGGUAGAAAAUUCGAUGAUCCAACAGUACAAGCUGAUAUGAAACAUUGGCCAUUCAAAGUUGUUCAAGAAGGUGGCAAACCAAAAAUUCAAGUUGAAUAUAAAAAUGAAACAAAAACAUUUACACCAGAAGAAAUAUCAUCGAUGGUUUUAACAAAAAUGAAAGAAACAGCUGAAGCUUAUUUAGGAAAAAAAAUUAGUGAUGCGGUAGUUACAGUACCAGCUUAUUUCAAUGAUUCACAACGUCAAGCAACAAAAGAUGCUGGAGUUAUUGCAGGUCUCAAUGUUCUUCGUAUUAUUAACGAGCCAACAGCUGCCGCUAUUGCCUAUGGUUUGGAUAAAAAAGUUACUGGUGAACGAAACAUUUUGAUUUUUGAUUUGGGUGGUGGUACUUUCGAUGUUAGUGUAUUGAAAAUUGAAGAAGGAAUAUUUGAAGUAAAAUCAACAGCUGGAGAUACACAUUUAGGAGGAGAAGAUUUUGACAAUCGAAUGGUUUCACAUUUUGUUCAAGAAUUUAAACGAAAAAAUAACAAAGAUUUAGCGCAAAAUAAACGUGGACUUCGUCGUUUAAGAACAGCAUGUGAACGUGCGAAGAGAACAUUAUCGUCAGCUUCUCAAGCAUCAAUCGAAAUCGAUUCCUUACAUGAAGGCAUUGACUUCUAUUCUAACAUCACACGUGCUCGAUUUGAAGAAUUAAAUGCUGAUUUAUUUCGCUCAACAUUAGAACCAGUUGAAAAAUCUUUACGUGAUGCUAAGAUGGAUAAAUCACAUAUACAUGAAAUCGUGUUGGUCGGUGGUUCGACACGUAUUCCAAAAGUACAAAAGUUGUUACAAGAUUUUUUUAAUGGUAAAGAAUUGAAUAAGUCAAUCAACCCCGAUGAAGCCGUUGCCUAUGGCGCUGCUGUCCAAGCAGCUAUAUUAACUGGUGAUAAAUCAGAGGAAGUCAAAGAUGUUUUAUUAUUAGAUGUUGCGCCAUUAUCGUUGGGUAUUGAAACUGCUGGUGGUGUGAUGACGCCAUUAAUUAAACGAAAUACAACAAUUCCAACAAAACAAACUCAAACAUUUACCACUUAUUCUGAUAAUCAACCAGGUGUUGAUAUCAAAACAUACGAAGGUGAACGAGCUAUGACAAAAGACAAUCAUUUACUUGGAAAUUUCGAAUUAUCCGGUAUUCCACCUGCACCACGUGGUGUUCCACAAAUUGAAGUUACAUUUGAUAUUGAUGCCAAUGGUAUAUUAAAUGUAUCUGCUGUAGAUAAAUCGACUGGACGUGAAAAUAAAAUUACCAUUACCAAUGAUAAAGGUCGUUUAUCAAAAGAUGAGAUUGAACGUAUGGUGUCUGAUGCUGAAAAAUAUAAAAAGGAAGAUGAUACACAACGCGAUCGUGUUACAGCGAAAAAUAGUUUGGAAUCAUAUUGUUUCAAUAUGAAAACUACCAUGAAUGAUAAUCAACUUGCGGAAAGACUUAGUGCUGAUGAUAAAACAAAAGUAACAACAACCAUUGAUGAGGCAUUAAAAUGGUUGGAAGCAAAUCAAUUAGCUGAAAAGGAAGAAUUUGAACAUAAAUUAAAAGAAGUGGAAAAAAUCUGUUCGCCCAUAAUGACAAAGUUAUAUCAAGGUGAAGGUGGAGCGGCCGGAGGACAAGGAGGUAUGCCAGGUGGAUUUCCAGGAGCUGGUGGAGCAGCAGGUGGUCGAGGAGGUAAAAGUGGAGCAAGUGGACCAACAAUCGAAGAGGUUGAUUAA